AUGGGCAAAGCCGGGUGUGCGGGUGCCGUCCUCGCCGGCAUGCAGACCUCCGGGAGCAAGCCCUGCCCCUGCCCCAGCUUCAAGCUGCGGGAAGUGGCAUCCAUGUACUUCACCAUGAUCGCGGUGUUCCUGGUCAUUCUGGUGGUGGCCCUGCAGGGCUCGGUGCCCCUCGACCUCUCCUGGAACGUCAGCUAUACCGAGCAAGCCGUGCAUUUCCAGCUCCUCAUCAGGGACCUGCGCUUCGGGCUCCUCUUCGGGAUGUCGGACAGGGGCGAGUUCGAGAACGCGGACCUGGCCGUGCUCUGGAGCGACGGGCACAAUUCCUAUUUUGGGGACGCCUGGAGCGAUGCCACGGGGCAGCUCCACAUGGACUUGCAGCAGGACUACCAGCUCCUCGGGGCUCGGAGGGCUCCCGAGGGGCUCUACCUCCUCUUCAGAAGAGCCUUCAGCACCUGUGACCCCAAGGACUACCUUAUAGAGGAUGGCACUGUGCACCUUAUCUAUGGGAUCCUGGAGAAACCGGUCCAUUCCCUCCAAGCCAUCAACAUCUCUGCCAUCCACAGGGGACUGCAGAGGGUGCAGCUACUAAAGCCCAACAUCACUGUCCCUGAACUGCCCAGCGACAUGAAGACCAUGGAGAUAACGGCCCCCAAUAUUGUCAUUCCCAGCCAGGAGACAACCUACUGGUGUUACAUGGCAGAGCUCCCAGACGGCUUCCCCAAACAUCACAUUAUCAUGUACGAGCCAGUGAUCACAGCCGGCAAUGAGGCCCUGGUUCACCACAUGGAAGUCUUCCAGUGCGCUGCUGAGUUCGACAGCUUCCCCCAUUACAACGGGCCCUGCGACUCCAAGAUGAAGCCAGACCGGCUCAACUACUGCAGGCACGUGCUUGCAGCGUGGGCCAUGGGAGCGCAGGCUUUCUAUUACCCUGAAGAAGCAGGUCUUGCCUUUGGUGGCCCAGGCUCCUCCAGAUAUCUGCGCCUCGAGAUUCAUUACCACAACCCCCUGGUGUUCAAAGGUCGCCGCGACUCCUCGGGAAUCCGCCUCUACUACACAGCCACCCUGCGACGCUACGACGCCGGCAUCAUGGAGCUGGGCUUGGUUUACACGCCGGUGAUGGCCAUUCCCCCAGGCGAGGACGCUUUCCUCCUCACGGGGUAUUGCACUGACAAAUGCACCCGGCUGGCUCUGCCCGCUGCUGGCAUCCGCAUCUUCGCCUCCCAGCUCCACACCCACCUGGCGGGAAGGAAAGUGGUGACGGUGCUGUCCCGGGACGGCAGAGAGAGGCAGGUCGUGAAUGCCGACGGUCACUACAGCCCUCACUUCCAGGAGAUCCGCAUGCUGAAGGAGAUGGUGGCAGUUUUUCCG